UCACUCUAUUUUCGAACAGUGUUUGUAGAAUAUUAAAAUGGAAGAAUACGCAAGAGAGCCUUGCCCUUGGCGAAUCGUUGACGAUUGCGGUGGCGCAUUUACAAUGGGUGCAGUAGGAGGAUCGGUUUUUCAAAGUAUAAAAGGCUUUCGUAAUGCACCUAGUGGAAUAAAUAAACGGUUUUUGGGAAGCUUAAUGGCAAUCAAAGAUAGAUCUCCAAUAAUUGCAGGAAGUUUUGCAAUUUGGGGGGGCAUGUUUUCAACAAUAGAUUGCACACUUGUUCAAUUUAGGAAAAAGGAAGACCCAUGGAAUUCGAUCAUCAGUGGUGCAGCAACUGGUGGUAUAUUAGCAGCAAGAAACGGAUUACCAGCGAUGGCUGGAAGUGCACUUAUCGGAGGAAUUUUAUUAGCACUUAUCGAAGGAGUUGGGAUUUUUAUUACCAGAUUUUCUGCCGAACAAUUUAAACCUCCAGCCCUUAUGAUUGACGAUCCUUCACAAUUAGGAGCACCUCCAGAAGCCAGUUCUUCAUAAAAUGAUUAUGUAUUUAAGAUUUUGACAGAUAUAUUUAAUUCCAGAAAGUGAUAGAAUGAGUAACAACCAUUGGAAGUACAUAUUGUUAGAAUGACAAAUAAAUAUGUAUAGUUUUUGAAGGACCGAAGUUCAUAAUCUUAGGUUAU